AUGGGCUCCAGAUUACACAAUGCGCCCAUUGUGAUAGACAACGGCAGCGGCACCAUUCGGGCUGGUUUCGCAGGCGAAGAUGUGCCUAAAUGCUUUUUCCCGUCAUAUGUAGGACGGCCAAAGCAUGUGCGGACGAUGGCGGGUGCAUUGGAGGGGGAUGUAUUCAUAGGCCCACAGGCGCAGCAAUAUAGGGGGCUCUUCAAGAUCAACUACCCGCUGGAGCAUGGCAUAGUCACAGACUGGGACGACAUGGAGCGGAUAUGGCAGUACGUCUACACAGAGGGCCUGCGGACUGUCAGCGAAGAUCACCCGGUACUCCUCACCGAACCUCCCCUAAACCCUCGAGAGAACCGCGAUACGGCUGCGCAGAUCCUAUUCGAGACGUUUAAUGUGCCGGCCUUGUACACAUCCGUCCAAGCCGUGCUCUCACUAUACGCCUCGGGCAAGACCACAGGACUCGUUCUAGAUUCUGGAGAUGGCGUGUCGCACGCCGUACCCGUCUUCCAGGGCUUCGCCAUACCCAACAGCAUCAGGAGGAUAGACGUGGCAGGCAGGGAUGUCACGGAACAUUUUCAACAGCUACUGCGCAAGAGCGGGCGCAUUUUUCACACCAGCGCUGAGAAGGAGACGGUCAAGACGAUCAAGCAGGAGACGGGCUACGUGGCACUCGACCCGGCCAAGGAGGAGAAGGACUGGUCAGGUUCCUCCCGCUCAGAGGGCAAGAGCAUCGAGUACAUACUUCCCGACGGACAGAGGCUGAAGAUUGGCGCAGAGCGGUUCCGAGCACCGGAGAUUCUGUUCAACCCCGAGAUCAUCGGUCUGGAGUACCCUGGUGUGCACCAAAUCGUUGUGGAGGCGAUACACAGGACCGACAUGGACCUGCGGAAAGCUCUCUAUGGCAACAUUGUGCUCUCUGGGGGUUCCACACUGACAAAGGGAUUCGGAAACCGGCUGCUCCACGAGGUGCAAAGACUGGCGGUGAAGGACAUGAGGAUCAAGAUCUUAGCACCUCCUGAGCGCAUCUACACCACAUGGACUGGCGGCAGCAUUCUUGCGGGCCUGAGCACAUUCAAAAAGAUGUGGGUAGAAAAAGACGAGUGGCAGGAGAACCCAGACAUCAUCCACACCAAAUUCGCAUAG